AUGGAUAACCGCGGCUCCUUUUUGUUUUUUCUGUUGGUGCUUUACCUCCUUCUUAACUCACAGUCGCGCCCGCCGAUGCUCGAUGAGAACCGCCGGCAUCAGCGAGAGCUCGAGCGCGAGCAACAUGCACUGAAGCUCUUGGAAGAAUCCAAGUAUGGGGACUUCGAUCCCCUCGCAGAUCGAUGGCUUCCUUUUGCAGGAGUACAGAAGAAUGAUACUUAUGCAUGGGACUUGUUUCCCCAUGUUCAGAGUAGGGCGAGAAAUCAGCUCCAGUCCGUUCUUUUAAACGCCGGUCUCGAACCACCGAAAGGUUUAGAUGACCCGGACGGCGCUUCCCCAUUUAACCUGACCAACCUCUCUCUGCCUGUGUAUCGCAAUUCGACGGGGAAAAUAAGAGGAGAUUGGGUUCGCCGGACCGGAGACCCCGAGCGACAGAUACCGCUCAAUACAACGGCCAUUGCCCUCGAGCACGAAUACUUUACCCAUGAGUUCAGCUCAAAUAUCACGGGUGCUGGAGGUACACUUUACUUUGAUUUGGAGGAAGGGAGCGGAGAAGAGUUCCGACUUGGUGAGGGGCUUGUACGUGAAAUUCGAGCGAGCUUAACUGUCGAAAGUGAUGACUUCUGGGGCAGCACUUGGUACCUGUCAUUAUUCGGAAUGCAUUUCCCAGAAACCGGAGGGAUAUUAUUAACUACAUCAAGUGAGAAGUUUGGUGGCAUCCUCUCCAUGCCGCACUUUGCAUUAUCUCAAGAUACCUAUGAAUUGUCCCAUCAGCUUCUGCUGAAAUCACUGAAAGAUGCCAUGUCUGAGAAGCAAACACGGCCUGCUUCGUUGUUUCCAUGGUCUUCUUUAGCAGGGAACGAGCAAAUGGAAUUCCCGGCACCCAGGUGUGAACAUGUGAUCUUCUUACAGCAACAUCCAGUCGUGAUCAACGGCGUACUUGCCGACCGCUCGUCACUGGAGAGGAUUGAACGGGAACUCAGGUACCCGAUAGGCGCACCUAUUCCAGAUCCGCCUUUGAUGACCAUGUCUGCUGUUGUAUUCUCCCCCGACUGUGGUUACGUGCUCGAAAGCAAGGGAACCCCAGAGUUCCCGCCCUCCGACCCGCUCUAUCUCUCCGGGCCCAAGACUGAAGAGUACAGUAAAUAUGCAGCUCGUCUGAUAUUUGUGGUUUCUGCGGCAUUUGUUGCACAGAUCAGUCUACUUCUGCGCCAGAUCAAAGAGGCUUCGACCCCUUCAACUAGAAGUCGGGUUAGCUUCUAUACCAUUGCAUUGAUGGCUCUCGGUGACGCCUUUGUUCUCACAUUUAUUGUCCUGGAACUUUACGAGGCUGUCUCCUUCCUAGUCUUGGCAACUGCCUCCUUUUUGGCAUUCCUUUCUGUCAGUUACAUUGGGAUGAAAUUUAUGAUGGAAAUAUGGGCCAUACAAGAGCCAGAACGACGGGAAGAACAGCCCGCUAAUCCGCCGGCCCCCACUACACGCCCAGGUACCCUACCUCUGCCCGCAACUGCAGUGCGGGACUCUGGUGCCACUCCCAUCAUCUUGACACCUGAUCAAGACCCCCCGGAGAACGAGCCAGAUAUAGCUCCCACCAAUCGUACAGUUGCACCAACAUCCCAGCAAAUGCGCAGUGAUGUUGGUGCCAUGUAUGCACGCUUUUACCUCGCUCUUUUUGGAAUGCUCAUGCUGUCAUUCUGGGCAUUACUCUUACCUCGACGCCUAGGUUCAAUCUAUGCGCGCCUGUUAUCUGGCGUUUAUCUUUCUUUCUGGGUUCCACAGAUCUACCGCAAUGUCAUGCGCAACUGUCGCAAGGCAUUGAGGUGGGAUUUUGUGAUUGGUCAGAGCAUUCUUCGAUUGCUUCCCUUCUUUUACUUCCUUACAGCCAGAGGAAAUGUACUAUUCAUUCGACCCGAUUGGACAACCGCGUUUAUCAUGGCUGGUUGGAUGUGGGUUCAGGCCUGGAUUCUAGCCAGUCAAGAUAUACUGGGUCCUCGUUUCUUUGUACCACGUGGAUGGGCGCCCCCAGCCUACGAUUACCACCCAACAUUAAGGGAUAAUGCUGGGCCUGAUGAUGAUUUAGAAGCCGGUGGUGUGAUAUCUAUUGCAUCCCUCCGAGCCGACAAACAAGACUUGGUGAGCGACUCCAAGGAUGAUGAUAAGCAGCGGUCAAAGGACCGCAAGAAAGUGGUAUUCGACUGUGCGAUUUGCAUGCAAGAUAUCGAGGUCCCUGUUCUUCCUGCACCUACGUCUGCUGGCGGAAGUAGUGUCUCGGAGGGGGCUACAAAUAUCUUGAGUCGUCGUAAUUACAUGGUGACACCCUGCCGACAUAUCUUCCACACGGCCUGUUUGGAAAGUUGGAUGAGACUUCGUCUCCAAUGCCCAAUUUGUCGUGAUACUAUUCCUCCUGUAUAG